AUGGUAGAUACAAUCUCCGAAGCAAGCAUAAAAGCUAAUGUCAUUGAAGGCAGGCUUCAGAAAACUGAUGUUGAGGAAAACGCCAAGGGGAAGUCUGGAAGUUUCGUCACUAAAAGAGAUGAAAGGAGCAAAGAGAAAGGGAAGUCUAAUGACCGAGAAGGUUUAGUUUGUAAUCAUUGCAAACAAAUAGGGCAUGUUGUUGAUAAGUGUUGGAUGAAGUAUCCUAAUCUAAAACCAAAAGGGUUGCAGAAGAAAGAAGCCAUAAUGGCAACACUAGUCACACAAGUUCCAAAAGAAGUCCAAGGACUAACAGACCCUAAUCAAAAGCUCUCUCUAAUGGCAGGAGGCGUGGAAGAACUUACAAAAGACGAUCCUAGGGAACGACUCUUCACGGUUAAGAUGCAGGUUAAGACAACACUAAUAGAUAUUGUUAUUGACCCGGGAAUACUUGGUAGUCCUUACUUGUGGGAUCGAGAUGCGGUUUUACAUAGGAGGGAGCAAAAGUAUACCUUUACCAAAGAUGGGAAAGAUUUUGUAAUACGAUCUAUUAACUCUCCUCUUGAGGGAGCAAGCUUGAUUACAACCACUCGGGCUAAACGAUACCCUAGCUCUCAAAACCAAGUUACGAGGCUGUUCAGAAUCCGGCGUACAGUGAUGCAUAUGUUGAAUGACAGAGGUUACUUAGUCGGAGAUUUUGAAAUCAACGAGACAAGAGCAGAAUUUCUCACUAGAUUUGUGGAUACUUUUAUGAGAGAAAAUCUUGAUAUCAAGAAAAGCAUGAGAAACGAUAGUAAUGAUCAUAUAUAUGUUUUCUUCCCUAAUAAUCCCAAAGUUAACAUUGAUACAAUGAAGAUUUGCAUUAAACGGAUGCAGAAUGAUGAGGUCUACAAGGCAAUUGUGGUUGCUCAACAGAAUUUAACUCCCGUUGCCAAGAAGUUUAUCGGUGAAUUUUCUUCCAAGUUCCAUAUGGAGGUCUUCCAGGAAGCGGAGCUGCUUGUCAACAUCAGUCGGCAUGUUCUUGUCCCUGAACAUCAACUUCUCACACCCGAAGAAAAGAAAACUUUGCUGGAGCGUUAUACUCUGAAAGAAACUCAGCUACCCCGAAUUCAGAUUACAGAUCACAUUGCUAGAUAUUAUGGACUAAAACGUGGGCAAGUGGUGAAGAUUAUCAGGCCUAGUGAGACAGCAGGGAGAUACGUCACAUACAGAUAUGUUGUUUGAGUAGUUUUUAGUACUAUCGAUGCUGCAGAUUAGUUCUGAAAGGAAGGAUUUCAAAAGGUUUUCUUAAUAUUGUUGAUCGGGUAUAUCCAGGUUGGGUUUUUGGUGGACAAUAAAUAUGGAUUUUCAGUAGAAGGAU